GACUAACGCGUUUCACGGUGGGGGUGAGCUAUGGAUGACCCUCCAGGCAGAAUCCCUAACACGAGGACUAAGUGGGGUUUCCACCCACGCGCCAGCCUUCCUCGGACUCCCGUGCGAGGGUCAAGGCCACGUCCAGCUGCACAGGGCGCGCGUACCCCGCAGCGUUCAAAGGGCACCCCCUCGGGGCCACCUGGGUGAAGCCCACGGUGGCGCACAAGCGAGCCCCAGGGGUUCGGGCUGGGGAGGGGACGCGCAGCGUUUCGGAGGAGAAAGUGGCCGCGGGUGGUUUCACCGGCGCCCUAGGCCCGCCCCGGGGACUCGCUGCCUGCCACCCGCGAGCUUUCUCUGCAUUAUGCGGGAGCCGCCGCCGCGGAGGAGGGGAGGAGGCAGGGGCGGAGGCGGCGCCCAGGGCCCCGGGGCCGGGGAGGCCGGGACCAGCGCGGCGGCGGCGGCGGCGGCGGGGGGGCCGGCUGCAGGCUCGCGUCGGCCGGCCUGCGCGUGGGUUCCCCAGGGACCUGCUCGGCGCGGCUUCUGGGCAGCGCGGCCGCCGAGGGGCGGCGGCGGCGGAGGAGAGCGGGGCGCGGCGGCGAAGCGGCGACCGCACGGCCAAGGCCGGCGAGCGGGCGCUCCUCACCGGGGGGAAGGGGGGGGUCGGGGGGGGGCACAUCACCCGGCUGCAGGCCCUUCCAGCAAAAGCCACCGCGGCCCGUGCUGCAGCGGCCAGACGGAUGCCAAGGCCACAGGGCAGGCGCGGGGACAGCCGCCGCAGCCGCCGUCCCACGCGGGCUCCGGACACCAGGGGCUGCUGGUGAGUGGACGCGCGCGUGGGACGAGCGGCGCGCCUUUCUAGAUGGUGUUUGAUUUUGUGCCUUCUCUGAGCGACUCUAAGACACGUCCCCUCACCUGGAUCAUUGAAGCCUUAACCAAAGCCUUUUAAUGAAGUCGACAAAGGAAGUGGAAUGUGGCUGAGACAUAAUUUUCCUAAACUCUCUAAAACAACCCCCGCUGCGGAUCCAAGCGCCUAAGGUGCUCUAAUUACUGAGAAGGAAAAAAAAAAUAAAUAAAGUUGUAUAAGUAAUAAGUUGUUUAGCAAACAGAACCGGAUCGAGAGGAUUGAAGAAAGUCUCGUGUUUGGUUGGCGUGGGGGGAGGGAUGGCUUUCUGGAAAUCAGUGUUUGAUGUAAGUACAACAGACAUCUUUCAAAGUAAGCCCCAGCGAUCACCCUGCUUUCCAAACAUCCUGCUAAUCACUGAGAAUGAAACGAAGUCCUGGGUUUUGGGGCUGUCCAAAAUGGUCGUGGCUAUCUAGGGUGCGGAUUUACGCUCUCAUGAUUCAAGGCCCUGUCAAGGUCAAUAUGGCAGAUUUGUUCCAGCAGUUAAAUUACACCUGGAUGUUUGA